GCCUUUAAUGCACUUUUUCUGCAGAGAACCAUGGCGUCCGGCAAUACUGCGGCCAGUGAGGAGGAGCGCAGUCUCCGAGAGUGUGAGCUUUAUGUCCAGAAGCACAACAUUCAGGCUCUGCUCAAAGAUUCGAUUGUGCAGUUGUGUACUGCGCGUCCAGAGAGACCCAUGGCGUUCCUUAGGGAAUACUUCGAGAGGUUGGAGAAGGAGGAAGCAAAACAGAUUCAGAGUCUGCAGAAAGCAGGCACUCGCGCGGACUCCAGGGAGGAUGAGAUCUCUCCUCCUCCCCCCAACCCAGUGGUUAAGGGUCGGCGGCGACGUGGUGCUAUCAGCGCUGAGGUCUACACGGAGGAGGAUGCUGCCUCCUAUGUUAGAAAGGUAAUACCGAAGGAUUAUAAGACAAUGGCUGCCUUAGCCAAAGCCAUUGAAAAGAAUGUGCUGUUUUCACAUCUUGAUGAUAACGAGAGAAGUGAUAUUUUUGAUGCCAUGUUUCCGGUUUCGUUUAUUGCUGGAGAGACAGUUAUUCAGCAAGGUGAUGAAGGAGAUAACUUCUAUGUGAUUGAUCAAGGAGAGAUGGAUGUCUACGUCAACAACGAGUGGGCAACUAGUGUUGGGGAAGGAGGGAGCUUUGGAGAACUUGCUCUGAUUUAUGGAACACCCAGAGCAGCCACUGUCAAAGCCAAGACAAAUGUAAAACUGUGGGGCAUUGACCGAGACAGCUACCGAAGGAUCCUUAUGGGAAGCACGCUGAGGAAGAGGAAGAUGUAUGAAGAGUUCCUUAGUAAGGUGUCUAUUUUAGAGUCUCUGGACAAGUGGGAACGCCUGACGGUAGCUGAUGCCUUGGAGCCUGUUCAGUUUGAAGAUGGACAGAAGAUUGUGGUGCAGGGAGAGCCCGGGGAUGAGUUCUUCAUUAUUUUAGAGGGGACAGCUGCUGUGCUACAGCGUCGGUCAGAAAACGAAGAGUUUGUUGAAGUGGGACGAUUGGGGCCUUCUGAUUAUUUUGGUGAGAUCGCACUGCUGAUGAACCGCCCUCGUGCUGCCACAGUGGUGGCACGUGGCCCCUUGAAGUGCGUCAAGCUGGACCGGCCUCGGUUUGAACGUGUCCUUGGCCCCUGCUCAGAUAUCCUCAAACGAAACAUCCAGCAGUACAACAGUUUCGUAUCACUGUCUGUCUGAAAUGUGCCUCCUGGGCCUGUGCCUCCCUCCUCCUCUCCCCGUUCGUGCUUCACUCAUGCAGACUGCUUCGUCUUCCCAGUGUGCAGCGCCCCGCGGCCCCCGGCACUGCAGCUUCAUGUCUCUUUAUAUUAAAAGUUGCUUUUAUUGCACCAUUUUUAAUUUGGAGCAUUAACUGAAUGCUAUCACAAAUAAAUAGAAAGAGUGAGUUCUAUGGACUUUGCUGUCCCUGCUUCUCUCUGUGCAGUGUUAGGGUUCAACCUGGGCGGUGAGUGCCAUGCUUGUUGGUGAGGGCGGAUCCCAGCACCAGUGAAUUACCUUAGAGUGAUGGUGUACAAGAUAUUUUUUUUUUAUUGUAAGUGACAUAAUUUCCCAUUAUAAGCAUAUUUAGAUGGUGGCCAUAUAUGCUGUAUUUCUUUAGUAACUGAUUUCUCAUUAACUUCUAAGGAUUAGAAAAAAAAUGGAUAUAGAAAAAUCUUAGACUAGUAGAAAGACACCUGCCUGUGAAAGAAAUGCCCAUUAUUGUGAAUGAUCAGAUGGAUACGAUUGGUUCAGGGGUUAUUUUCCUCUUCUUAACCUGAAUUUUUUUUUUCUUCUGAAGCUAAUUUGCCUGAUUUGCUUUUGUCUUUUAAUGAAUGUUUCUUCUCUAGCUCUGAAAUAUUUUCAGGUGAGGUUUCUACUUGUCUUUUAAAUUUGAAACCAAAUCAUAGACUGCAGUUCCUGGUUGGCCGUGUAGUUGCACCUGCCUCAGAUCCCAGGUUCUGGUAAGGCCUUUACUUACCCUGCUAGUGCCAAAUACUGAUCUUUACAAGUGGAAUUGAAAUUUGGUGUUCUGCUCUUGGUUCAUUUAGAGCUUGUGGCUAAUGUGAGCCCUUCAGUUGAUGCCAGGAUAAUCUCUUUGAUUCCAGGAGGUUGGCUUUGCUGGAAAUAACAGAUGGAAGGAACUUGGAGUUGAUGGUGGAGACAGUGUUGCAAACUGAAUGCUGGGAGAUUUGGGAAGAUUUUUUUUAUUGGCCUAACCUUUUCUCUUUCAUUUUUAUGUCAGCUAGAAUUGGGGGAGGGGGGUUGGGUGGGUAGGAUAGGGGAAGGUUGUAUUUGUUGUGCCCUGCUGUCCUGUCUAGACUUUCUUCCUCAGGCAAACUUUUUUUUUUUUUAAACUAGUGUUUUGAGUCUUAACUGUAUUUCAGUAUUUUCCAGCCUUGUGUUACAUUAUUCCAAUGAUACACGCAUUGGUUUUUGUUAAUUUUUUUUUUAAACAAAGUUUCCCAGUUCUGUAAUGUAGGCACUUUAGUUUUCAUUGUGAUUUAUAUUGGAUGUAGGGUUUUAUUUGGGAGUGGCUGUAAGCAUUUUCCAUCUGUGUGAGGGUGGUUUUGAUGAAUAAUCCUCUCCUAUCCUUUCCCAGUAAUCAGUAAAAUUGGUCAUGGUAGUUUUUUUUCAUAGAUUGGAAAUGUUUUUAGGUUGUUAUUGACUUUGGAGUAGGAAUCUGGGAAAGAAGUUCUAUUUAACUUUUUAGUGUGGGGUAGAAACCUACCCUAGUACAAAUUUUUUAAUUUCCAUAAUUCUCUAUACUGAAUGAAUGUUUUCUGAUUUGUACUUAUCUUUGUGUUUGGCUACCUUUUUAUAUUUAAAAAAUUGAAAAUAAAAGUUAUGUUAUUAGCUUAAAGCUUGAUUUGAUCUUUGUUUAAAUGCCAAAAAUGUACUUAAGUGAAUUAUAUAGAAUGCAGUAAGCGUGCAUUUUCUUAUAUGUAUAUAAUCAUGUUCAUGUAUAUUUAGAUACAUAUACUACUUUCUAAAUGAGUUUUAUUCAAAUUAUUUGGCUUGCUGUUUAUCCCCUUUUGUAGUUUUUACUCUUAGACAUUUGAAGAUAAGUCUAAGUUAAACAUUACCACAUUUAAAGCUUUAUUUUUGUGCAAUUUAAGUAUGUGUGAGAAGUUACAAUUGGCAUAAUUUAUCUUAGUUGAUAUUCGGGAUAGAAGUUACUUCUGGAUUUGGGGAGUGAAUUUAUGAGAUCUGCUGCUCUAGAAAGUGUAGACGGCCAAAGGACCAUUCUGUAUUGUUUCCUGGUUACUAGUCUAAUUAUACUGUGUGCGCUAAUAUAUGCUGUUCUUUUUGUUCUAGAUUGUCGUAAUGGUAGGUCAAAUAAUAAAAAGCGAUUAAAUAAUUUAAA